CCUCCACCAACGUCCUCAAUUGGUGUAUUCAACAAAGACAGAUGCACUGUGAUCACAGUGUAUUCAACGGCCAAGAAGAACAGAGUGUCCUCAGCUCGUGAAUCAUCAGUAUUCGGUGCUGAUUGAACAGCCUAUUGAUUGUUCUCAUUACUAUUAUUAUCCAAGGGCUAAGCGUUAUUUUCUGACGGGACCCCAGACUUGGCCUAGUGUUUAUUUUUAUUUAUUUUUUCAUUGGAUUAUCACUCGUUCAAUUUGGUCUUUGUUACGACUAUUGAUCGACCUGUGCGUGCGCCUUGCGGCACUCCGGUCUGAGAUGCCGCUGACGCAGCGCCUGCGGUGCAGGGCGCAUUUGUUCGAUUCGUAUUCCUUCCGGUCAUCCUCCCUCCGCCCCUCCACCUGGCGAGAAGCUCGAUCUGGUAUUGCUCUUCUUCCUCGUGUUCGUUUGUCCUCAACUCCACUUCGUGUUUUGCGGACAUCCUCGACAACGCUGUCCCGUGCCGGCUAUUAUAAGAAGUCCGGUUCCCUCCCUGUCUCCCUUUCCUCCGCCUCCCCCCGCCUGCUUCCGCCCCCUGCUUGCAUCACAUCCACCACCACCACCACCACCCCCGUCACCCUCCCUGCCAUGGUCGAGCAAACCAGAGGCCACGGUGGCCACCAUCACCAUCACCAUCACCACCAUGGCAGCAAUGUCUACCUUACCUCCUCGAACACCCACGACGCGGGCGUCCGGAUCACGCGGAUUGGUCUCGUGGCCAACCUGGCCAUGGCCAUUGGCAAGUUUAUUGGAGGAUACAUGUUUCACUCGCAGGCCCUGGUGGCCGACGCCUACCAUGCGUUGACCGAUCUGGUGUCGGAUUUUCUGACGUUGGGCACGGUCGCCUGGUCGCUCAAACCCCCGAGUGAACGCUUUCCGAGUGGCUACGGGAAAAUUGAGAGCAUUGGCGCGCUGGGCGUGAGCGGCCUGUUGCUGUGCGGAGGUGUCUUUAUGGGGUUGAGUUCCGGCCAGGUGCUGCUCAGUCAGUUCUAUCCCCAAGCCGCGGAGACAAUGGCGCAUCUGGGAGUCCUCGGUCACGUCCAUUCGCAUUCGCAUAGCCACGGGAUCGACGCGUCGGGUCCUAGCAUCCACGCGGCCUGGCUCGCGGCUGGGUCCAUCGUGGUGAAAGAAUGGUUGUAUCAUGCUACUAUGAAAGUCGCGACCGAACGCAAGUCCUCAGUCUUGGCCUCCAACGCCGUUCACCACCGAAUCGAUUCGUUGACGAGUAUCGUUGCCCUCUGCACCAUUGCCGGCACCUACGUCUUCCGGGAUGCCUCGUGGCUGGAUCCCGUGGGCGGGCUUUUAAUUUCGCUGAUGGUCAUCAAGGCGGGAUGGGGUAACACUACGGCGUCGCUCCUCGAGCUGGCGGAUACCACGGUGGAUGACGAGAUCAAGACCUCGGUGCAGAAGGCUGCCGCCAAGGUGAUCGGGAAGAUGCGCGAGGGCGACGCGAUUCAGGUCCGCGCCGUCCAGGGGAUGAAGUCCGGGCAGAACUACCUGAUGGACAUGGAACUGGGGGUGCCCGGCACAUGGCCUAUUGCGCGGUCGCGCGAGAUCGAGGAGAGCGUGCGGUCGGCGAUCGGAGUGGCCGUGCGAGGUGUGAAGCGCGUCAAGAUCCGCUUUGUGCCCAUUGAGCACGAAGAACCCACCUUCUCCGAGGAGUUCAUCUCGACGGAGGAUGUCUCCGAGCGCACCCCGGAAUCGGACGAGGGCGCCAUUGAUGCGCAAUUCGAGGGGCACACUCAUGACCAUGACCAUGACCACACCCACGACUCUACCCGCAAGCGACGUUGAUUUUUCGUUAUAGUGGCAUGAGUUCGUGUCGAUUGUACAUUUCUUUUGCAUUCGGACCUCGAAUUGACGGGUCAUAAGAUACCCCCAGGGCUGAAUUGGUGAGCCGAAGAAGUCCGGUUGGAAUAGACUCGGAUUGGAGAAAAUACUAGAUGGCAAUCGACUCAUGAUAGACCGACAUGAUCACAUACCGACAUAGUUGGUCAUCUGUCUUGUCAAUAGAUCGUAUACACCACGAUAUACAUGCUAAAUAUUAUACCCACGAGUCCAGACAUCUAAUGAGUUAAGGUAUAGACUAGACAAAC